UAUAUAGCGCCAGCCAAUAACAUCGGGGAGUAUUUGAUUGCCACUUAUGGUUUAAUUCAGAUCACAUCACUAAAUUAUUUCACCUCAUUUUCUUGUUGACUAGGUGUUUUGUAUUAAUUUAAGUUACGGUCAGAAUCAACUGCAUGCUUUUACUGUUUCUCAAUUUCAUCAGGAAAUAGUUUCUGUACUGAACACUAACUAAAACCUGUACACAGAAACAGGUAAGAACAAAGAUUGUAGUAUCAAUUUCGUAUUAACGCAAUAGCAGUAAUUCCGGAAAUUUCAAAAUACAAUGAAAUUAGUAUAAAUAUAUAUAUAUAUAUAUACCCAGAAAAUUGUAUUAACAAAAGUAAAAUUAAGAAUAACCAAUAGACUCAGGGUAAUGCAUGGUAUCUUUUUAAUAGCCUAUCACUAAAUGUAUUGUACGGUAACGACAGAAGACAAGAGAAUUUAGUAACGGGAUUAUUUAUUGGCAAAUCGAUACACAAAUAUAGGCAAGAUACGUCUUCAUGUAUUAGAAUCACGAUUUGUAUAUAUCUUCCGUAGUGUGCGUCUUUGUCUUCGUUCCAUGUUGUUUCACAAGCAUCAUUCUUUAAAUCCAUCUCUCCGCUACCUGAUAUUCGUGGAGAUGCCAUACAUAUUCAAGUCUGCAUCUAUGCACUACUUAGAAAUCCUGUCAGUAGCACACGCCACACUGCUUACCUAUUUCCAAUCCCCAUACUGUAUGAACUAGUAAAUACUAUUUAUCUGGUUACCUUGCCACUCGAAAUCAAUUUGAUUUUACUUACUUAGUCAUAUUUACGUCAAAAUUUAUUCGUCACAUACCUGUCCAUUGAUACUACGACAACAACUCAUAUUUUUUAAGGACAUGAAUAGUAUUUCUUAAGAAGAAUAAUCUUUCUUCAGACAAACUUAUAAGGUUUAUAGCCAUGGUAUUUAAAUGUCCCAUUGAGUGGAAGAUGGCUAUGUAGGAUUCAUUAAUUUACGCAUACAUCAAAUGUAUGAUUACAUCAGCAUUCCUUAAUCACUAUAUUAUUAUCCUACCUUACCUUGCCAACAGCUAUCGCCUCAAACAUUUCAGUGCUUUUCUUCUGUAUAAAAUCUUGAAGGCGAUUUAAAUAUCAGUCUAGUGAUUCAUAUGUAUGAUAUGUUUUGUUAUGGAUGAGGUUGGUGAUCUGUCACCUGUCUUUAUGGAAACUUGCGAAUUUAAAUGAAGUGCCUUCCGUCCUAUUUGGGAUUUGUCAGCCAGUUGUAGAUUUGCAUAAAAGGAGUUAAAUAGCUGUAUUAGAUUUAAGUGAUAAGAUGAAUAAUUCAACGAAUGAGUUGUAAUCAGGAUGCACAUCACAACGAAGGAAAAUAUGGAAUUAUGUAAGAUUUCUAAAGAAAUACACGAGUUUCACUAAGCAGCCAGAAUUCUCACCGUCAGCAACUCCGGUGCUUUGAUCGGAUAAAAGUAUCAUCGCACUCAUUUUAAUGGGUAAUAAUGAGAGUCAAAUAACGAAUCAUCUUACAAAUGAAUAAGCAUCUACAGGUGGAAUCCAGAAGCAAAGAGUGUGAUACUUGGGUUUACAUCCAGAUUCUUAAAGGCAAACAGGACCAGGGCUGUGACGGUAACUUUGAGGAUACGAGACGCAUCCGACUAGUCCGUCCGAAAAUUCACUUUACUCAUCGGUUUGUCACUCACUGAAGCUGUUGGCUGAGGCUUAUGAUCCCAUCAGUUUUGUAGUCAGUUCCACAGUCUCGUGUUUAAAUCGCUGAUUUACCAUUCUCAAAAGCACCUAAGCACUUACUGUUCGGGCAUCCGAUAACAGUAUUUAACCAGUUACACGUACGACUGCAGUUUCGCGUGUUACCCUUUUAUAUACUGGUAAGUUCUCAUAUAGUCCUUUUCCAAUGAGGCAUGCAUUCUUAGGCAUAUUCUUAUGAUUUUAGAGUUUCCACGUGAUAUCCACAGACCAAUGUGAUAGAAUAUAUGUAAGGAAGCAUAAAGUGAAGAAUUAUGCCAUUCACUUUUUUAGAUAACUCAAAUAAUUCGGGGAAUUAUGUCUCACUGUCUGUGGUUUUUAAUAAAUAUUAUGUUUAUUCAAACUAGAUAGGGGAUGCUAAAUUCUUCGAGAAAUCAUUAAGGAAGUGCAGGAUAUUUGGUAAGUGUAUGGUUGAACUAGUUAAAGAUCAGAGUUAGGGUCAAGCCGAGAAACUGUUGGGGUUAAGUUGUGGGAAUAUUAGGAUUGUUUGAGGCUGGAUUGGGGUACAUUAAGGAGAGAUGUGAGUCACAGUUAGGUAAGAAAGGCGUGGACUCUGGGUUAAAGUUAAUCAGUGAUAUAUUCUGGUUAGGAUUGAAUAAAAGUCUUAAAUUAGCCCUCUGAUGUCGACUGUUACUUUAAAGGUCUCUGGUGCGUUCGUCCCUUCAACUCUGCCAUGAUAUAACAAUAUUUCUCUAUCCAAUAUCGAAGAUACUUGCAAUCUGAAUGUAGUGGAUCACUUAUGGAAUGAUGCAAAGCAAUGAACCUUGAGUCAUCGCGCCUAAGUCAACUCUUCUUGUUGCUAUAGACGUUCGCUCUGCUCGCAGGGUUGUUUUCCCCAUUUGUGGUUUAGUGUGGGCUGUUGGGCAGGUGAAGCUCCAGUUAUCACAAUUUUUCCGAUGAGCGGAUCUAAGCGCGGAAGGAAAUCUGUCAUGGGUCUUGACCUAACAAAUAUCAUUGAUUCCCCACCAGGAAGUGCCGACUCGAGUGGAACUCGCAGAAGAUCCUUGAGAUUACGCCGCAAAUCUACAUGUGCACUGUCCCAUGACGAACAAACACUACCAUCUAGAAGAUAUCGUCGAAAGUCUGUGAUAGACCCGCAAACUCAGACGGAUGCAGUUUAUGACGCAUCGUGCAACUCUUCUCAUUCGCCUGCCCAGAAUGGAAAGAAUGUACCAUGUACGGAUAUUUUUGCACAGCCAUGCUGUACUGCGUCACCCGAUAAGGUAUCUGUCUUAUCGCAAGAUGAAUUGGAAAAUGUCAGACCUCAAAGUCCUCCACACAUACCAUCAGAUAUUAAAGAUGUCUAUCUUCCUAAUAAGUAUACGCCCCCGAAACACAGGGGUUUGCCAACUAUUUUGGAAAAUUCUGUUGAGAAAAACCAACGCUGCCACAGGUUAUGCAGAAACACUGAGCGUUCCCCCUUACGAAGGCAGAUAUUUACAGGACAAACACUCGAAGAAGCAUGCAUCCCUACAGCUCCCGGCGUCGCCCCUCUGGAUCCAGAUCUUGUCUUAUCAACAACACGCAAGCGUAUCGCGAAGCGUCGGAGGCUUGCCAAGAAGUUAGGAUUUAAAGGUAUCACCAUAUCCAAAAAAACAGAAAAUAGGUUCAGCAAAUU